UGCUGGAAGAAGAGAACUGAGAAAGAAAAUAAUACAAACAAAAAUAAGAUGGAGAGCGAGGUAGAAGUGACGCUGGAGGUCGGAACCAUCGGGAACUUUAAAUGGACUGAUGCCAACACAGCAGACCUUAUUGUGUGGCGUGUCAGCAAUAGCAGCUUAUUCACGGGCAAGAGGAAUACUGCCCUGAGAGCCUUUGAGCAGUUUGUCAAGGAGAAAGAUCUGGAGGGUAAGGUGACGCCAGCAUGGGUGAAAAAGAAAUGGGAGAACCUCAGACAGAAAUAUAAGGACAUUAAAAGCCUCUCUCUGCUGGGAGGAGACCCAAACUCCUCUCAGUGGAAGUGGUAUGCUAUCAUGGAUCAGGCCUUGAGUGGCGAGAUCACCAUCACUCCGUCCAUUCUCUCCAGCCCAUCCAGCGCCUCCACCCACUUCGGUUCGCCUGUUCUGGUGUCCUCGUCAGGUCAGGAAGCUCCGCCCAUCAAGAGGAGAAAGGAGCAGUACUUGCUAGCAGCUCUGCAGGAGCUGGAGAGGAGGCAGGAGGAGCGAGAGAGGCGCGAGGCCGAGAGGGAGGACGAGAGGGAGAGACGGGCGGUGGAGAGAGAGGAGGAAAGGGACAGACGGGCUUUGAAGAGAGAGGAGGAGCGAGAGAAGCAGUCGCUGGAGAGAGAGAGAAGGAGGGAGCAAGAAAUGCUUGCGAGACAGGAGCGAUGGGAGAGAGAGCUGCUGGCGAGAGAGGAGAGGAGAGAGAGAGAGUACAGAGAAAGGGAAGAGCGGAGAGAUCGAGAAGCUGCUUCAAGGGAGGACAGGCUGUUUAAACUCUUGGAGACGUUUGUUGCCAAAAAGUGAAGUGCGUAUUGAUUCCGCGUUCACAUCCAAGAACUGUUUGCUUUCUACCAAUAAACGGUACUGUGUUUUGUA